UUACAGUAAUUUUAAUAAAUUGCUACAAUAAAGAUUGUGUUUAUCGAGAUAUUUAUAUACGGUAGGUUACACAUAUUCUAGCCUAGUGUUUUACGUAAUCUCACGGAAAUGGCUUCUCGUUUGAUACCAAUUCUUCUGCUGUGUUCUGUCAUAGGUACCGCCUUUGGCAAAACUCGCAUCGUCGGCGGACAGGAAACUAGCAUUGAGAGGUACCCGUCGAUAGUCCAGGUUGAUUUCUAUAGUAUUUGGACAGCAACAUGGAGUCAGUCAUGUGCUGGCAACAUCAUCACUGCGAAAAUCAUGUUAUCCGCAGCGCAUUGCUUUGAGGGAACACUCGCAUUGGCCAUAUACCGUCGUAUCAGAGCUGGAUCGACCAAUCGUAACACUGGUGGCGUGGUCCAUGACGUGGACUCUGUCCUCAACCACCCCGCUUACGGCAUAGCGGCCAGAUACGACGCUGACAUCAACCUGGUCAGGCUGAGAACUCCCCUCGUAUACACUCCUGUUGUCCAGAGAGUCACCAUCAUCAGUCACAACUCUGGAAUACCUGACAACUCCGCAGUUACCCACGCUGGUUGGGGAACAACCUCGUCGGGAGGACAAGCGUCUCCGAUUCUGCGAGAUGUCGUCAUCUACGUCAUAAACAACCAGCUCUGCGCCGACCGUUACGCGCAGCUGUUCCCUAACAGUGUUUACAGAGUGACUAGAAACAUGAUCUGUGCUGGACUCUUGGACAUCGGUGGUCGCGACGCCUGCCAGGGUGACUCUGGAGGUCCUCUCUACUACGGCACCUUGCUCGUUGGUAUCGUGUCGUGGGGACACGGCUGCGCAAACGCCACAUUCCCCGGAGUCAGUACAUCUGUCUCGGCGUAUACUAAUUGGAUUGUUAGCAAUGCUAAUUAAUUUAACAAUACCUAUGCCUCUAUGGCGCUUGAAAUAAAUGUCUGCUGUGCAUCA